GCGGGUCCGGACGGAGCCGGGCGGCGCGAUGCGGGGCGCGUAGCGGCACCAUGGAGAGCGGAGCCCGCUGCAAGAUCGUGGUGGUGGGGGACAGCCAGUGCGGCAAGACGGCGCUGCUGCAUGUCUUCGCCAAGGACUGUUACCCCGAGAACUAUGUCCCCACCGUGUUCGAGAACUACACAGCGAGCUUUGAGAUCGACAAGCAGCGCAUCGAGCUCAACAUGUGGGACACCUCAGGCUCAGCGUAUUAUGACAACGUCCGCCCCUUGGCCUACCCCGAUUCGGACGCCGUGCUCAUCUGCUUUGACAUCAGCCGCCCAGAGACGCUGGACAGUGUACUCAAGAAGUGGCAAGGGGAGACCCAGGAGUUCUGCCCCAAUGCGAAGAUCGUGCUGGUUGGCUGCAAGCUGGACAUGCGGACAGAUCUGAACAUCCUCCGGGAGCUCUCCAAGCAGCGCCUCAUCCCCGUCACCCACGAGCAGGGCAGCACGCUGGCCCGGCAGAUGGGGGCAGUGGCCUACGUGGAAUGCUCCUCCAAGGUCUCCGAGAACAGCGUGCGGGACGUCUUCCACGUAACCACGCUGGCCUCCGUGAACAGGAUGCACAAGAAUCUCAAGCGCAGCAACUCCAAGCGGGGACUGAAGCGGGCGUCUCAGAUGCCCAGCAGGACGGACUUGUUGAAUGACACAGAGAUCAGGAAAGACCGAGCCAAGAGCUGCUCCAUCAUGUGACAAAUGGGCUGUAAAUAAUGUGUGUGUGUGUGGUGUUUGUUUUGUACAGUAACGGGCCUAGACAAGGGCCCGGCGCUGGCUGCAGGAGCCAGCCUGCCUUCCCAAGGCUUUUCUUUUAGUCUCUAGGUCUGAGAGACGCUAGCUGCAAAUCAGGGUGCAUGUGUCACCCCCCCACCACGGAGACUUCUGGAUUGGCUGCUGCUGCGCCGACUGCUUGGGAUAAAGGAACCGCUCCGCAGAGGAAUAUUCAGGUGCUGGAGAGUCUGUGCUGAGAGAGAGAGAGAGUGUGUGUGUGUGAAUCUCCUGUACACACGUCUCCCUGUGUAUGUGCGGCUGUACCUACACACACCGCGCGCACGGGGACAGGCGGUGGGGUCUGGAACCGAGGCCGGGGAAGUGGGGGGAACUGUCAGUGACUGUUCCUGGGCCGAAGAAGUACUAUCCCAAUAAUCGUUUAGGACCAAAAGCAGCAGGUGAGUCACUGGCGCCCAGCUGGUGACUCACCAUUGGAAGGGACUGGCUCCGGCUCUAAGGCAGGGUCACCGUAGGAAGUAGGAGAUCUGGGUCAGUGAGCUGGGCGGGGAAGGCUCCCUGGGGUGGACUAUAACCCAGUGGGAUUUCUAGUCACUCCCAAGUGGAGGACAGAUAAUUUGCCCCUUCCGAGACAUUUUAAUUACAUCCAAAUGCUGUUUAAACAGUUGUGAUCUACCCGUGGGGAGACCUGGCCCCAGAGGAGAGUUCAGUCCCAGCAGAUUCACCCCAUGAACUGCGGUUCCCUUUAGCAAGCGGGUGCUAUUCAGGAGAACGUGCAGAACAGCCAAGAGCCAGGCGAGUAUCUGUAUUGCCCCCCGCCGUGGGCAGCUGCACCCUGAAGCAUGCAGCGUCCCACAAAGCAAUCCGCAAUAACUAUCCAAAUCCUGUUCUCCAGCCAUUCCCAGCCGCAGAGCGUGUUGCAUGGUGCCCGUGUUUGGUUUGAAUACUCAAAAAAAUAUCCUCACCUCCCCAUCUCCACUAUACCAGUGGGAGAGAUGGAGUAUCCUGCCUUCUUAGCCCCCUGUAACCAGCCUGCUACUGCCACCUCUCAUUGCUUCUAAUGUCCUCUAAUGCCUUUGACUACAAGCUUAACUUUGACUUGAUGUCACACAGACACUUUAAGGAAAAACACCAACCUCAUUGCCUAGGCCCAUCUGUGUUGAUGGGCUGCAGGAAUCUAAUAAACAAUGUCAUUGGAAAACAGAA